AUGUCAAACGAUUCCUCGGUUGGAGCUCUGCGGCGCAUUGCUAUCGGCGCAGUUAUUCGAGAAGGUGCUACAAUCAAUCAAGAUCGACGCUUCUGCACACUUCUGGACGGACUCAACGUGCGUACUUCGAUGGUUGGCAUCAUCUCCAUCGAACUGGAACACCUUCGUGAGCAACAGGGUAGCGAAAAUACAAACCCUUACCGACAUGUACCAGGUAUUGAAAAUCCUGCAGACAUGAUAUCUAGGGGACUUUCGCCGGAAGACCUAAUCCAGAACGAUUUCUGGUGGCACGGUCCACGUUGGUUAGCCGAGGAGGAAAAUAGAUGGCCCACUACGGCAGAAAUCCCAACAGAAGACGAACAUCAGAUCGAGACACGACGAACCGUUGCAGCAGGGACAUCAUCCACGUUGGCAAACUUCAAUGAUUGGUACAUCAGCAAGUUUCCAAACUACACCAGCCUCAUAAGAUGCACAGCGGUAUGGCAACGGUUAAUAAGACGCUUGAAAACUCGAUCGGCUGACCAUACGGUAGGGUUUCUCACCAUUUCGGAAUUACGACAAGCCACCAUAAUUCGUUUGAUUCAACGGGAAACCUUCUCCGAAGAGCGAACGGCGUUGUCUCAGGGAAGGCUGGUCUCCAGAAAAUCACCACUUAGGUGGUUUAAUCCAUAUCUCCCGGAGGAUCAGCUUCUACGUGUAGGAGGAAGACUGCGUCAUUCCAACGAGUCUGAAGGUACCAAGCACCCGCUAGUCUUACCGGCUUACCAUCGAUUAACCAGGAUGAUUACGGAGCACUACCAUCACAUCCUGUUACACGCAGGACCGCAGCUUCUAUUGAGCACCAUCCGAUUGAAGUUUUGGCCAUUAGGAGGGAGGAAUGUAGCUCGACAGGUUGUCCAUCGUUGCUUGAAAUGCUUCAGAGCAAAACCGCCGCCGCUUCAGCAGUUCAUGGGAGAGCUGCCAUCAGCCAGAGUCACCGUGUCGCGUCCGUUCGCUAAGGCUGGUGUGGAUUACUUCGGACCUGUCUUCGUACGUCCUGGUCCACGGCGUGUCGCCGUCAAGGCCUACGUAGCAGUAUUCAUCUGCAUGGCGACAAAGGCAGUUCAUCUGGAGCUCGUCUCGGAUUUAUCCACCGAUCGAUUCCUCCAAGCUCUUCGCCGUUUCAUAGGACGGAGAGGCAGGUGUACCGACAUGUAUAGCGAUAACGGGACCAACUUUGUCGGAGCAAGAAAUCGGCUCCAGGAACUGUUCACGAUGUUGCGGGACAGUAAGCACCAGGAAGCGGUAACCAAAUACUGCACAAACGAAGGCAUCCAAUGGCACUUCAAUCCUCCAAAUGCUCCUCACUUUGGUGGCCUUUGGGAGGCGGCCGUGCGAUCAGCCAAACAUCAUCUGCUUAGAGUCGUUGGAGAAGAACCGAUCUCGCCAGAAGAUUUUCAAACCCUGCUCGUGUAA